AUGGGACUCUAUAAUUCCCCUAUAUUUCUACUGCUACUCCUGCUCCUAGGAGCAGAGCAAGCCCUUUGCUCCCAGCGUGAUAAGUGUGCCAGACUAUCACGGACACUCAAGCUCGCCAACGUCACGAUACACAACGCCGCUUUCGUUGCGGCAGGAACCAACCUUACCUUUCCAAAUGAUCACCCAACUUGCACGACCAGGUCUCAGGUUGUUCGCGCUGACAUUUGCCGCGUUUCAUUGCUGGUAGUCACAGGGCCACGAAGCAAUGUCACGCUUGACGCCUGGCUGCCUCUUGACUGGAGCGGAAGAUUCCUCACAGUAGGCAAUGGGGGAUUGAGUGGUUGUAUUAAACACGAUGAUCUUAACUACGGAUCCUCUAUGGGCUUUGCCACCAUUGGUGGCAAUAACGGCCACGACGGAACCUCGGGCUCGCCGUUUUACAAGAACCCGGGGGUGCUGGAGGAUUACGUCUACCGCUCUGUUCACCUCUCCGCUGUGCUCGGGAAGAAAAUUAGCCAGAAGUUCUAUGGAAAAGAGCACACCAAGUCGUACUAUCUCGGAUGCUCAACUGGGGGUAGACAAGGCUUCAAGGAGGCACAAGACUUUCCCGAAGAUUUCGAUGGCAUUGUCGCCGGCGCUCCCGCUUUCGACUUGAAUGCCCUGAUGUACUGGACUGGCCAGUUCUAUCUUGACACAGGAAAGGCUGGGACGGCGUCGUUUCUCUCUGCGGCCCAGUGGGAUCUGGUCUAUGAGGAUAUUCUGCGCCAGUGCGAUGGCCUGGAUGGUCUUGUGGACGGGAUUAUUGAGGACCCGGAUCUUUGUCAAUACCGUCCUGAGGAAUUGAUCUGCAGCACGAAGCAAAAAAGCGGUUGUCUUACAGGGGAACAGGCGGCCACUGUGCGGGCUGUCUUCUCGCCCGUCUACGGUCCCGACGGCAAACUGGUUUAUCCUCGCUUCCAGCCUGGAGCCAAUUCCACCGCGCGGUUUUUCGCCGGCGAACCCCAUGAUUACCCAGUUGACUGGUUUCGAUAUGUCAUCCACGAAGAUCCAUCAUGGGACCCUGCAACGUUGAACGUCAAGGACUGGACGGCUGUGUCCAAACGGAACACAUUCAACGCCGCGACCUGGAAGGGCGACCUGUCCGGCGUGCAGAAACGGGGGACCAAGAUCCUGCACUACCACGGCCUUCAAGACAACGCCAUUAGCAGUGACAACUCGGCCCGCUACUACAACCACGUGUCGCGAACCAUGGGGCUUCCUUCGGACGAGUUGGACGAGUUUUACAGAUACUUCAGAAUCUCCGGCAUGGCUCACUGCCGCGACGGAAGCGGCGCCAGUUUCAUCGGAGGCAACCUGCAAACGCUGGCGGAAUACAGCCCUGAUGAGAACGUCCUGGCCGCUGUUGUUAGAUGGGUCGAGGAGGGUAUUGCGCCAGAGUUCAUUAUGGGCACGCAGUUCGAUGAUGGAACGAGCUCUGGAGAGGUUGUGUUGCAGAGAAGGCACUGCAAGUAUCCAACUCGAAAUGUUUACAGCGGAAAAGGUGAUCCCAACUCAGCAGAUAGCUGGGAUUGUGUUUAG